GCUUGUCCACGUACGGAACAAAAACAGUGUGACACAUAAAAGAAAGACACCCGCUUCAUAAAAGUGUAACGUAUUUUGUUAAUCACCGAUCUUUUAAUAUAUAGAGGUUUUUGUUCUAGUUUAAUUUUUAAUCAAAUAUAAUUCAGUCGGAUAUUGUAGAAAUGGUCGUAUCCGCGUUCUCAGCGCUCCUGAUAACCAAAAUGGACCCCAUUACGAAGGCGUUUGUUGUGGUUGCUCACUCCUAAUAGACGUCCUCAAAAUUAAAGAUGAGGCCUUACACCAAAACAGUUCGAGAAAGGAAGAACUACAUCCAAGUCACUCGUGUCAUUCACCACUUCAUCUCUGCUGGAUAUUCUUUGACUGACACUAAAAGCUGUGUGACUGCAACUGGGAAGAAUAUCUGAUUCUUGCUACUCAAGGUCCUUUUGCCAUCUUGAGAAGGUCUUUAACCAAAAUGCCCAUCCAGCAUGUGCCGCUAGUCUUGUUAGCCUGCGGCUCCUUCAAUCCCAUCACCAACCAGCACAUGAGGUUGUUUGAGCUGGCCAGAGACCACAUGCAAAGCACAGGCCAAUACCAAGUAGUGGGUGGAAUUGUGUCUCCUGUGAGUGACAGCUAUGGGAAGCAAGGCCUGGUCCUAGCAAAGCACAGGAUUGCGAUGGCAAAGCUGGCGCUCCAGAGCUCAAACUGGGUCAAAGUUGACGAAUGGGAGAGCCAGCAGCCUGACUGGACUGAAACAGUGGUCACCAUGAGGUAUCAUUAUGGUCGUAUUCUAAAGGAGUAUGAACAGAGGACAAAUGAAGACUCCAGUGGAAAAAGCAGUCCUUGUCAAAGCAGCCCUCCUCAGCUGAAGCUGCUGUGUGGAGCUGAUUUCCUGCACACCUUCAAGAUCCCAGGCCUGUGGCAGGAUGACCACAUGGAGGAGGUGGUCGGGCGCUUUGGCCUCGUGUGCGUUAGUCGAGGUGGGCAUCAACCCGAGCAGAUGGUGCACGAAUCAGACACCCUUUGGCGCCACCGGCAAAACAUCUUCCAGGUGAAAGAAUGGGUGAGGAAUGAGACCAGCGCAACAGAGGUCCGGCGGGCUCUCAGACGGGGAAUGAGCAUCAAAUACCUGAUCCCAGACUCUGUGAUUGAAUACAUUGAGCAGCACAACCUCUACACUGAGGACAGCGAGAGGAGAAAUGAGGGCACGGCUCUGAGGCCGCUCACCAAACAAGCACAGCAGCCGCUGGAGAGUCUGGAUGACUGACACAGAUCAAUGCGUCUCUCAAAUGGCGAGGGAUUUAGUUCCACUAGCUGAUGAUGAAGCAGCCACAUACACACUGAACAUUGUGGCUUCGCUGUGCUUCAACCCACUAUGAAGAUAGCACUUGAGCUGCUAUUAGAGUGUGGUCAUUCUGCAGGGGGGAAAAGCUUUCAUGCAGGCCCAGCUCCCAGCUGAGAAUCUGGAUAAGUGACGAGAGUGAGCUGAACAUAGACGCCCUUGAAGUAUGAAUUCAAUCACCGAUAAAUGUUUCUGUUCAGUCUGGGUCGGGGGAUUUAGUUUACGUUGUGCUGCAGUGUGGUGGAGAUUUGUACAACAACAGUAAGACUGACAUUGGACUAAAAUGUGGUUUGAAGAAAACAUCACCAGCCUUUGUUCCUCCCGAUUCAUGGACAUGCUGUGUUCCAUUUUUGGAUGAAUAUUUCUCAAAUCUUACCAGUUUCUCAUUAUGAUUGCAGUUUCUAAGGGGUACAAAUAAAAGAAAACAACAUUAUUGGAACAGUA